AUGGGCGAUCAGCGUGUACACAAACCCCCAGCGAAGCUGGGAACCUCCGGGCCGAAGGUGCUUCUGCCACUGCUGCUGCUGGCGGCGGCAGCUCCCUCCUCGUGGGGUCUCUUUACGGUGGAGAGCAAUGGCCUGGGUGUAGCUUUGAUGGAGUCUGUGGCCGGAGCCCUGAACGCCUCCAGCCUGGCCCUGGCCAACGACACGGCCUGGCCGCCGCAGCACCAUCCGCCGGCGGAGCAGGAGGAGAUCGAGUCGUACGACUACAUUGUGGUGGGAGCAGGCAGUGCCGGCUCCAUUGUGGCCAGUCGUCUCAGUGAGUCGUCGCCCCAUGUGCGGGUCCUGCUGCUGGAGGCGGGCCAGCUGCCGCCCCUCGAGUCGGAGAUCUUCUCGCUGAGUCCCGCGAUGCAUCACGACGAGCGGUACAUGUACCUGGACGAGGCCGAGCCGAGUCCCAGCUGCUGUCUGGCUAUGGAGCCGCCGCAUGGGUGCUCCUGGUGGCACGGCCGCAUGAUGGGCGGAACAGGGGCCCUGAACGGGAACAUCUUUGUGCCCGGUAGCCAGGCCAACUUCAACGGAUGGCGGCGACGGUUGAAUCUGCGCGGCUGGGACUGGCCCCAGGUGCAGCUCGCCUACCGCCAGCUGCAGCGGCGCCUGCAGCUCAGCUACUUCCAGGUGGAUCCAAUCAAUCUACGGCUCUCCAGCCUGAUCUAUGCGGCUGCCUCAGAGCUGGGCGUGCCGCGAAUGCAGCAGCCUCUGGUGGCCGGCACGAGCCUAGGCUACACCCAUCACGUGCCCGUGACCCUCAAUGCGGGAAGGAGGGCCAGCAGUGGGCGCCUGUACCUGGCCAACCCGCAGGACAGUCGGAGACCAAAUCUGAAAGUGAUCAGAGGCGCCACAGUCCAGCGGGUGCUGCUGGACGAGGCCGAGGGUGGCAGACGGGCCAAGGGCGUCGUCUACUUCCUGGAUGGCCCAGACAGAGGCGAACGCACCGCCAAGGUCCAGCGUGAGGUAAUCGUGAGCGGAGGAGCCCUCAACUCUGCCAAGCUCCUGCUGCUAUCCGGCAUCGGACCAGCAGAACAGCUGCGUCCGUUGGGAAUCACGCCCCUGAGGGAGCUGCCCGUGGGCGAGAAUCUCCACGAUCAUGGGAUGCUGCCGCUCUACCUCCGCUUCACCCGAAACUGUGCCAUCAACAGCACCCAGGAGGCCGGGCGCAGCGCCUACUCCGCCGCAUCUGUGGCGGAGUAUCUCCUGAACGGGCAGAGGGGACCUCUGGCCAACAGCUUCUCCAUGAUGGGGUUCAUCAACUCCAGUGCCCCCGGGUCGAUCAAGGGCGAGCCCGACCUCCAGCUGGUGGCCCACACGCUGAUGGCGCGCGGCGGCUCGGGCAGCUUUGGGUAUCUGGGAUUCCGGCCGGAGCUGGUCGAGGCCCAGCUGGAGGUGCUGCGGGAGUCGGAUAUGCUGCAGAUCAUGGGCUCCCUGCUCAGGCCGCUCUCCCGGAGCGUGGUCCGGCUGCGCAGUGCAGAUCCCUGGCAGGCCCCGCUCAUCGAGAGCCACUACGGCGAGGAGUCCGAGGACCAGGCCACUCUGCUCCGCUACGUGCGCUACGUCCAGAGGAUGGCGCGAACCAAGUCCUUCCGCCGAUGCGGCCUCCAGCUCUGGCUGCCCCCGAUAGCCGCGUGCGACCAACUGGCCGGCGACUCGGACUCGGACGAGUACUGGCUGUGCUAUAUCCGACACUUCUACGUGGGCUCUUGGCACUCGGUCGGCUCCUGUCGCAUGGCUGCGGCCGGGGAUCCGCGGGGCGUCGUCGAUGAGCGGCUGAGGGUGCACGGGGUGCGAGGCCUGCGCGUGGUGGACGCCAGCAUCAUGCCCGAGAUCACGGCAGGCCACACGAAUGCCCCGACGAUGAUGAUCGGGGAGCAGGGCGCUCGCAUGAUCAUCGAGGAUCAGCAGGCCAACGAGGUGAUCGCAUAAAUGAUCUUUCCAUCGAUCCAUCCAUCUCACAGCCAUUCAAAGCACGUUAAACUGUAGCUA